GCCAUUCAACAUCCUCUGGUGGCAGACAAUACCCAUAAAGUUCAAGAACUUUAUUCCUUUUCUGUUUCGUUCCCAUUUUUGACAAGACUGCGUCUUUUUUUUCGAGUGGUCGGAAGAAAAGAAAGCUUUCUUCACAACCUUAAACUGUGUUACUAAGUGAAAGGUUUCCUCAAUAAACUAUGAAGGCAUUGCACUUUUUGUCGGCCCUUGCUGUUGCAAGUAGCCUGGUUGGCGUUCUAGCAGAAUCACCAGAAUCUUCGGCAAAUGUUGCAGAGGUGAAUCAUUAUGUGGAUAUGAACAAGCUGAAAGAUGUCAAUCAAACAAAGCUACGUGAGGUGCUGGGCGAGUUAUUGAAAGAGUUACCACAGCGUCGUCAACGUAGUGUUAUGCAUGAAUUGCAGCACGCAAAACCUGAAUUGAAAGAGAACGGUUCUGCUGAUAUACACAUUGCUGAACCUGCUGAAGAAAUAGAGGCUGAAAAGUCGCAUUCAACACACAACCAUUCUCAUGCUACUGGUUCUUUUCAUCCGAAUUCUCUGAAAACUCGCAUCACAGACUUUUUGUUUCCGUUCCGCGCUAGUUGGAAUGGCGUACUCGCAACACUUUACACCGCCGUCCCUCCUUAUCUUUUUGUCUUACUUUUGGGAGGUCGGGUAAGUAAGACGGUUUUGAACUUGCUAAUUUGUGUCUCUGCCGGAAGUCUUUUGGGUGACAUAUUUGCACACCUGCUGCCCGAAGUGUACGUCAAUGCAAAUGGUGAUCAUACUCGGGCCACAACAGGAAUUCUCUCUGGCUUCAUGGUAUUUUUCAUUAUGGAUCGUUUCUUGCGUCUGUGUUCCAACCAGGGCCACCAUGGACACGGCCAUGGUCAUGGGCAUGGUCAUGGGCAUGCACACGGACAUAUGAAGAGCGAAAGCCAUUCAGAGUUGGUGAGUUCUUCUGCCGUGGAGGAAAAGCAAACUAUGAAGAAACGCAAAGUGUCCAUGAGCGGCGAUAGCAGACCCGUUUCAAUGAGCUCUCAUUCUAGCGAAUCUAGCGAAGAAGGAAGAGUUGAAUCGAAAAAGGGUUCAUCGAACGCUAAUGUCGCCGUUUUUUUGAGCAUUGGUACCGACUUUUUUCACAACUUUUUGGACGGAAUGGCAAUUUGUACUUCUUUUCUUACAGACAAAUCACUUGGUGCAUCCAUUACGCUUACUGUUAUGCUUCACGAGUCUCCAGCCGAGAUUGGUGAUCUCGCCAUUCUGUUGCAGAACAACGCAUCCAAGCGUUACGCUCUUGGUGUGCAGUCUUUCACAAUGGUGGGAGGUAUUCUUGGAGCGUUGUUCAGCAUUUGGAUUCACAACAUGUCGCAAAGUGGGGUUGGAUCAUGGUUCUUGGCAUUGGAAGACAACCUUCUUGCCUUCAGUAUCGGCAGUUUCCUUUACAUUGUGGCACUCGGUGUUAUGCCUGAGAUUGUUCACAGCCAAAGUGCUGGUCGCUCGAAAUUCUGCGAGUUGCUCUUUUUGCUAACUCAAGUUGGAUUUCUUCUGUUAGGAUUCGUGAUGUUGAUGAUUAUUUAGACGAUAUAAGGGGCGCGUUACUAAAAUAGGCAGCCUGAAGGUCAACGAAAUGAGAUGAAGCACAAACAUUCAAUGAUUAAAAAUGCAUGCCAUUUUUCAACGGCGUUUACAGAUUCUUCGAGAGAUAUAACUGACAGUCUUACCAAGCGGUGCUUGAAGCGCUAUUCACGCGAGAUAUGUUGAGCACAUUGCUUAAAUACAAAGCUGUGCUUGGCAAAACAUCAUCUUUCUAUAACCGACCAUAUCCACACCUUUCAACUAAACAACCAUACCUGACCCACUUCUUGACUUUUCGUCCCUUCAAAUCGUUACGAUUGUUACGGUAUGCAAAGAAAAAAAAAAUUAAUUUAUUAAGAUUUAAGGACUGUCACUUCCAGAAAUUUUCAUAUUUCGUUACACAUUAUUGGAGGCUCACGGGACGGAGAAGAUCAACACUGUUCACAGCUGAAGCGGAUCUAAUCCUUCAUUUUGUCCUUGGCGUUGUCGGCCAUGCGUUUCGAUUUGUCCUGCAUCUCCUGUGCGGUGCCCUUCUGCUCGUCGCUCUUGAAAGCGGACAUGACAUUGUCGUAAGCACCGGUAGCCUUCUCCUUAGCCUUGUCGAGGGUAGACUUUGAGGAGUCGGGAGUGACAUACUCCUUAGCUUUUUGAGUAAAGGACUUGCGUUCGGGAUCGGACAUUUUGAAUUAUUAAGACUUUCGAGUUCUUAUGAAUUGGUUAUGUGUGUACACGAGAGAUUUGGUUCUGCUGUUCGACGAAUUUCAACCUGCUCUUUAUAACUUUUCUGGCUUGCUUUUCGUCAUAGCGGCCAGCGGCACUUACGUCGCUCUAUGACGUAGAAGCAAUUUUAUUCGGAAUAAAGUUUGCGUUAAUUGGAGGAACGCCUCGGCUGUAUAGCUUCUUCACUACGUGUUUAUGAUGCUUCUUGAUGCUUAAUUCCAGGGCCCUUGCAGAUCGGUGACAUCAUUAUCCAUAUAGUGAAGGCGAACGCAAUGUGGCUAAGUGAUCGUUGUUUGCGUUAACGUAGGUUAGUGUGUUUUUGAAAACUGAAUAACGAAGUGUAACGUGAGUUAUCGUGGACAAUCUAUCUCUUCACCGUCCACCACUUAACUCUCAGAGUCUUUGGGAA